AUGCUGUCUCCGUUCGCGAUUUGGCCCGCGUACUUCGAGCUGAAGUCGCAGGAGGAAAUAACGCUGUCCGCGUACUUCCUGCCGGACAGUUACGGGAUUCAUCAAUUGGAAAAGGACUGGCCGCCGAAUAGGCGUACUGAUAAACGUGCCCGUUAUUACGUAAACCUGUACACGAGUGUUCCGGACGGAAUUGGGCAAUGCUCGGUUUGCGUGAGCAACGUUAGCGAAAUAAGCAUGUAUUUCCGAUGGAGGAAACGAACGACCCCGCUCGAUGAAAAGAUUUACAACGAUCUCCCCUUGAACCUCCUCCGAGUUGAUCCAGACCACGGGAUCCUCUCGCCCGUUUCCAUGCAUUACUUCAACGUCACCGUCGAGUGCAAAGACCUGCAGCCGGACCAUUAUUCUGGUGUACUGCAGUAA